AUGAAUAUUACUUUCAACGAGGAUGACGAGGAGGUCGAUGAGAUGAUGCAGUGGCAUGGAACUUCUGGCUCAUCUGAGGACUUUACUGGCACGGACUAUGAUCAAGACUAUGCGCUUUAUCACACAGGAGCAUACUCGUCCGCCGACGUGACAAGCCUUAUGAGCUCGGAAGCCUUCCAACAGGAUUCCGCAUGGAUCAACACCGGGCCCAUUAGCCAAGUGCCCGAACCUCCACAGCAACAUGCCAGCGACCUGGAUUAUAUUGAUCCGAGGUAUCACACUGCGGUCGAAAAUAUUCCUCAAACACUAGAUGAUCUAGGAAGUUCGAUUCUCACUCAAAGACCAGCGGAUGAUCUAAGGAGUGAGAGCAUUGCUCAUCCCUCGCAAGGCUUGGAUCGGACCAGGAUUGGAAUCCCAAAUUCCACCUCGUUGCCUCUGCAACCUUCACUUGAAGGUGCCAUGGACCAGGUUGUCGCAACAUACAGAGCUCUCGUGUAUAAUCAGCUAUGUAGUCCUGACCAAAUCUCACAAGGGAUGCAGGGCAUUGACACGAUCAAAAACUUCUUUCAUUCAAAGCUCCAACCUCCGAUUUCAUUAAGUGGGUCCUCGGAACGAGGCAAAAAAUUGUUUCGAUGUUGGCUAUGUGAUCCUCAGAAGGAAAGAAUAACCUUUACAACCUUCGGUACCUUUAAAAGACAUUUGGCUGGGCAUGGUAUACUCGACUGCGAGUGGCGAUGUACAGAGCCACUUUGCCUCAAGGUGCUCCACCGGCGCGAUAGGAUGCAUGACCAUCUUUUCCAAAAACACAAGAAAUUCGAUCUACUCCCGGCUGAUGUGGAAGCAACCCGAGUGAGAUAUGCCCCUCCACGCAAAUGUCCCUUUUGCGAACACGAGACAUCUUCUUGGUCUGUCUAUUUUGAUCACAUCAAGAACCACUGUCUCGUUUCUUCUGGUUCGGCGAAUGCUUCAGCCAACGGCGAUCAGUCUCGUCACGGCGACAAUAAUGGCGGGAACGGCAAUAGCAACGGCCACGGUCAUGGUAAUGGCUCUUCUUUUACCGGACCUAGCAAUUGGAACGGAGAAUCCCAGUCUAACCGAUCAAAUAACCGGACUGGGGGCACUACUUACCAUUACCCAAGCUCCGGAAGCUUCAGGAACAGGGGCAAUGCGCGUCCUGGUCCCAUCUCCCACUCUAUUUCUGACAAUCAACUCAACAGUAGCCGUCGUCAAAGCGCCGCUGAUGCCAUCGGUCAAAUUUCAAUCGACGACUCCCCUGGCUCAUCUCGUGGGUCCACAGCUCAGACCCCCAGAGCCAGCAGACAGCCCAGGAAUAUCCAACCGCCCCAAAACCCCGGGUCGUCACAGGCUGACCAUUCGACCAAGCGCAAGCGCCAGGACAAGCAAAAAAAGCCAAGAGAAGAGAAGCCCUCUAGCCCGAACAAUUGCAAACUAUGUGCUCAUGACAUGGCCAAAUGUGAAGACUGCAAAUCUAUCCAAAGAUGCCACAAAUGUGGCGACGUGCCCAGGAGUUCUAUCCAAGCUGGAUCUUCCUCGACAAUACCCGCGCAAGCUUUUCCGGAGACAUCUUCUACCAUCGUCAAUUUGAACGGGUCCUACCUUAACUCUGGAGCAUUGCCGAACUUUAUAAUGCCUCAGAACAUGGCCACUCAACUACCUUUUUACUACCAUACCAAUGAGAUAAUGCAGUUUGAUCCAGGACCAUUUGACAAUAUGACCAACACAUUCACCGAUGAUCCAUCUCCAAAUACUCGUUUUGUUGGGGUCGCAAUGGAUAUCCAAACACAACCACCUCUGCGUGGUCUUGGCGACAAGGUCCAAUACUCGCCUAUUUUUGAACGUGAUAUCAGAUUACUUCGCAGCGUUGGACUUGGCACAUUGAUUGACCCCAUCUCUGUCAAAAGACAAAUCAAACAACCUAAACCGAAAGCCUCGGGUGUCCCGGCUCCAGGCUUAUACACGGAUCUGGCUUUCAGAGACCAUGGACCUCCGCCCAUUCUACAAAUUCCCCAGCCGGAAUAUCGUUGCCAAUGUCCAUGUGUAACUGUCCCAUCUACCAACUACGAAGCCCACGCAAAGUUUCGAUUAUCGACCAACGAAAGAGUUGAGAUGACAUUCAAGAUGUCCCCGGCGCGCGAAUCCAGCCACCCCCUCCGCACCCGAGUGCAAGUCUUCGUGAAACUUUUUAGUCUUCGCUCAUCUGCGGCAAAGUCAAAAACCAAGAAUCAUAGGACUCAGCCCAUCGCAUCUGAAACUACCUCUACCUUCGACGAUGAUGCUGAAUCUACUACCGAUUCAGAGCAAAAUCUCACUCCCACGUCGCCUUCCAGCUCUGAAAUGACGCCGCCGCUCUACUGGACCGACGUGCAAGCCUGGACAUUCAGUUUUGAUGUCAAGUGGGCUAUAUUGAAACUAGCCCAGUGGACCAGUGGCAUAGAUGUCGAUAUGUGCCGAACCCAAUUCCUUUCUAAUCCUCGCUAUAUACUCGACUUGGUGUCUUUAUAUAUUUUGUGCGAGUUCCAGAUUUCUUGGCUUUUGAAGGGUAGCAACGUGCAGGAUUUCUCUUGA